GGCAGCAAGUGUCGGAAGCAGUUCAUUGUCGUUGCGUGUUGCAUGCGCACUUGGUUGCACGCGCGUCGGUUUAAUUAUAGAACGCUGUUGGAUCGCGUGCGAGAUCCGCAAACCGGUUCCAAUUUUUUGGCUGUUUUUCGCGAAUUAAGCAGCUGUUUACAUGCAAGAUUGUUGCUUACAAAGGAUCGACAAAUAUAGUCACAGGUGACGAUGAAAUUUAUCACACAGUGUGCUUAAAGUUUACUAACCUCAAGCGCCGCUGCCGAAUGGGUAUGUGAAUGAAUCGAUCUAAAAAUGUUAACAGUGCCAGUGAAUACACCAUCAGAAGCAGCUGAUAACAUAUUGUGCUCCAUCUAAUCUAUGUUAAAGGUUUGCGGUUAGUAAAGAUAUAAAAAAUUGCCGUACGAGGAACAGGCCACCACUAUAUGUAGACUACGAUCGUCGCUGGGUUGCAACAUUCGACAGUUAACAGUCGCCACGUGCGGAGUACUUGCUGAGAAUGGAAGUUUGAGAGUGUUUUUCUAAUGAAAUAUUUUAAGCAGUGAUCUUCGAAAUCUUAGAAUCGUUGGAAUUUUACAGUGCAAACGGUGGAAAAGUGUCGCACGUCUGUGAAAAAAAAUCUAGAAACGUAUAAUCCCGCGUAAAGAUGCCUAUGAAAGAAUGGAUCCACCGACUGCAACCAGUACAGUUGUACAUCGUUCUGGUGCUAUCCAUACUGUAUUUCUUGGUGCAACUGUUCCUAAGCCACAUCUCGCAUGCCCUAGUCCUGCUGGUAGAUUCCUAUCACAUGCUGUGCAAUAUCAUCGCCCUCACCGGGUACAUACUAACAAUUAAGCACAGCAAAAAAUCUCCAUCCACGGGAGCAUACCGUGAGCAGUUAUCCGUCUCGAAACACGCACUUGACGAUGCAACUGUCGAUUGUUUCAUUGAGCUCCCGGUACAAGGAGCGGCUACACCGGCUCUGGCUGCAGAACCCUCUAACUCGAAAGAACCCAGCCCGGCCAGUAUCAAGCUGAAAGUAAAAACCAAAAGUCGCCAGCAACGGGAAAAUAGUCUUCGUAACACUUUCGGCUGGACACGAAUCGAUGUCCUAACGAUGCUGGUGGUGUGCAUUUUCCUGGCCUCAUUCUGCUUCUCAGCCGUGGUGGAAGCUCUACAAACGCUUUCCCAUAUUCACCACCAGGACGCGAUGCAUUAUCCAAUCCCGGUGCUGAUACUCGGAUCCAUGGGAAUAAUUCUGAAUGGGUUCUGCUACCUGCUUAUCGGUGGCUACACGUACCAUCAAGGUAGCUUCCUGUAUAUCACUUCCAGUGGAAAUGUCGUUCUGGAUCGUGUCGUCACUGGUGACGGCAUGCGCAGGGGCGAACGACGACUCUCCGGCUCGCGGAAACACGUGGCCGCUUUGUCGAGUGUACCGUACGAGGCGGCGAAACGGCAAAGUCUGCGAGAGAUGAUGAGAGAUAUUUGCAGUACCCUAUUUGUGAUAGUUUGUUCCGUGAUCGUACACUAUACGAACGAAGACGAAGGCACGUCCAAAUUUGUUGAUCCACUGUGUUCGAUCAUGUCCUGCGUUGUUCUGCUAUCACUCAGUUAUCCUUACAUGAAGGAAUCUGGAAUGAUCCUACUGCAGACCAUUCCGGACACGAUCGAUAUUGACAUUUUCGAGAAGUCACUGCUGGAAAGUUUCCCCGACAUUGUCAGCGUGCACGAUCUGCACAUUUGGCAGCUGAGCUCGAAUAAGUAUGUGUCCACGGCGCACAUAAUUUUUGAGUCCCCCAAGGUAUACACCGCGAUCAACGAUCAAGUUAUCAACUUCUUCCGCGAUCAGGGCAUCAACCAGGUCACCGUUCAACCGGAGUUUAAAACAAUGGUUCCAGUGUUACCACUAUUAGCUGCACCAACUGCUGCUACCGGUCCCGCCAGAAACAGUCUGUGCUUGAUGCAGUGUCGCCAGGUGGCUUGUCUGCAGAAACACUGCUGCGAAGGAAUUGUUAAAGAGGACUGCAAAAAGGUGCCAGACUCCGUUGAUGCUCUUCAGCCCCCAGCAAACGAUCGCAAGGAAGUCGAAGAGAUCCCAAUGGAGAUUCAAAAUAGGCCAGAAAUAGUAAUUAGUGCCAGUAGUACCGCAGGGUCGGUACACGAAAUACCUCAAACCAUGAUCGCGGAAGUAGUAAUAGAAAAUGAAAGUGAAACUCAAACCCCUCCCAUCUGUACAACGACAAUAAACGAUGAAACGAAGGCUUAAUAAGAAAAACUAAACCGUUUUAAGCCGGUAGUAUACUAUGUCGAACCAAAGAUAAUUAGAUCCCUAAAAAGCGUCCACAUUCCAUCCAAAAUAAAGCGAUUAGUCGCUUUGAUAUUAUCGAUGCUGUAGUAGAGGUAUUGCAGGCAGUGGCGCUAAUAAAACAGUAACCUCGUGUCACCUGUUUUCCACCACAGAUGGGAGUCUUUAUACUUGUUGAUAAAGUUAUGAGCUUUGUCGUCGAAGAAAACUACGAUAAUUUGAUGUUGAACGAUCUGCACAGACAAAUAGUGUACUGCCGUCGUUAGUACAAAAUCCAGUAAGACUGAACCCUGACGAUAACGGAGGAGAAAUAAUGCAUGAGUCGAAAAAACAACGGACACUAUUCGAUAAUUGUUACGCUUAUUGCAAUUUCAAAGUGUUAAGUUUUAACCGUUUUCCUUAUGUCUUCUUAGUAGCAUGAGUUUAGCAAAGAAGAACACCAAUGUGUUCGAAGGUUUACAUUGAUUCCUAGCAGAGCAGAUUUUAAGAUAUUCGUUUAAGUGCUAUUGUGAUAAUUUAAUUGCGACGACAGCCAUACUAAAAUUUACAUAACGACUAAGAUGAAUUAUGGUACACAAUAGAAAACGCAAUCGAGCGUUUAAAUUUUUUUGGCAUUUCUUCCAUCAGUAACAUAGUAUUAAUGGAUAUUAUAGACAAUAUGA